AUGGAGUCGCGCGUCUUCCCCCCCGUCGAUGGCUCAGUGACGCUUCCAGAGACGCUUGACUUCCACGUCCAGCACAACACCUACGCGCCUGCGUAUGUCUUUGCCGGAGAGAAUGCAGACUCCGAUCCAACCCAAAUAUCGUUCCUCGAGUUCGGACGUGCUGCAGACCGCGUUGCCCACCACAUCCGACCUGCGCGCCGCGGAGCCGACAGCGAGGUCGUGGCGGUUGUCGCACUCUCGGACACGCUACUGUAUCAAGCGAUCACCAUGGGCAUCCUCCGCGCUGGAUUAAUUCCCUACCCGAUGUCGCCUCGCAAUACCGGCGCAGCGAUCGUCAAACUCAUGAAAGACACUUCGUGCCAUCGGCUCAUUGCUACGCGCGAGACCCUGCGGCCGCUCAUCGAUGACAUCAGAGCGGAACUCGCUUCGACGAGCUAUACGCUCGACAUCGAGGAGGCACCGCCGCUCGCCCAGAUUUUCCCGCUCCUGGGCCGCGAGACGCUCGAGGAUCCAUUUUUGCCUUACCCGAAGGCGCAGGUCCGCCCUCCGCUAGACGCAGUGUUGAUGUAUCUUCAUUCAUCCGGGAGCACGGGCUGGCCAAAGACGAUCCCACAAACUUUCAGGACAAUGGUUCACUGGGCCAGCUUGCCGCCCGUGAUGGACAACAGACGCCCUGGCCUCAAAAUGGGCGGCAUGGCCCUCCCACCCUUCCACACAUUAGGUAUUAUCGUGCAACUUCUCUGCAGCCUGUACGCGAUGCAGCCCGUUGGGUUGUACCCGCCAAUCGCACGCACACCAUCUCAGCUGCCAAUGGCGCCUACACCUGGCAACAUCCUCGAGCAUCUCACACGGAGCGGGUGUAACGGGCUCAUGAUCAUCCCUGCCCUGCUGCAGAUCUGGGGUCAGGAUAAAGCCGCUGUGAGCAUCCUCGCGGGCCUCGAGUAUGUCGGCUUUUCAGGAGGCUCGAUGCCCUCGCGCCUGGGCGAUGCGAUGGUUGAUGCGGGGGUGUAUAUUACCCCUGUAUAUGGAGCGACGGAGUUCGGCGCGCCUAGCAGAUUUUUCAGAAGGGAGGGAGAUGAGGCGGAGUGGGCGUACGUCGAGUUCAGCGGGGAGGCGGGGAACGUGCGCUGGGAGCCGCAGGGUGACGGGACAUUUGAGCUGCAGCUUUUGUCCUCGGCAAAGCAUCAAGUGUCUGUCGAAAACCUGUCUAACGUACGGGGAUAUGCCACUUCGGACUUAUGGGUGCCGCAUCCAACAAAACCCUAUUUGUGGAAAAUUGUUGGGCGCAAAGACGACGUCAUUGUGCAUACCUCUGGCGAGAAGACGGUGCCAGCGCCGAUGGAAGAUAUUUUGAUGAGCAGUCCUUUGAUUAUGGGAACCGUCAUGUUUGGUCGCGAACGGAACCAGGCCGGUGUGCUUAUCGAGCUGAAGCCAGCAUAUGCUAUUGAUCCGACAAAUGAGGAUGAUCUUGUCGCUGCGCGCAAUGCGCUCUGGCCUAUAGUGGAAGAAGCGAACAAGGUCGCGCCAGCGUUCAGUCGAAUUUUCAAAGAGAUGAUUUUGAUCGCGUCGCCAAAUAAGCCACUUCCACGCGCGGGUAAAGGCACGGUGAUGCGCAAGGCCGCGCUGGAGGUGUAUGCGCAGGAAGUUGAUGAUAUAUAUGCGGAGGUAGAUGAUGCAGCGGAGAGCGAUAGCGCCGUGUUGCCCGUGUCUUGGGAUGUGGACGGUGUGAUUGAAUGGCUGAAGGAUCAAAUCGAGGAUAUACAGUCUUCAGAUUCGGACGAUACACCGUUCUCGGUGUCAGACGACUUCUUUGCGCAGGGGAUGGACAGUCUGAGUGCGACUAUCCUGCGUCGUCGCAUCGUCGGCGCCAUGUCGAUGGCGUCAGGCUCUGGCUCCCAUUCUGAUCAUGAUUCCGAGGCAAAGACUCUUAAAGCUGCACAGCUUAUUACGCAGACAACGAUAUAUGCGCAUCCUAGCAUCGAGAAGCUCGCGGCGUUUGUGGCGGGUGUGGUGCAAGACCCAGAGCGAUUCGUGGCCGUAGCAAGUCGGGCUGACGCUGUGGACGCGAUGGUUGGGAAGUAUACUGUUGGCUUGGGGGAGACUGCUACACACAAGGCUGAAUCGAGUUCGGGGUCUGCCGUUGUCGAUAAAGGGAACAUGGUCGUGCUGCUAACGGGGAGCACGGGGAACCUCGGCGCACAGAUUUUGGAGUCGCUGUUGCGAGAUGGGAGGGUGCAGAGGGUGUAUACCCUUGAUAGGCCUGCGUCUGUGUCGCUGAGCCAGAGACAGGCGGAAAGGUUUGAGGAUAAGUCGCUGGAUGUGACGCUGUUGAGCUCGUCGAAGCUUGUGCCGUUGGAAUGUGACGCGGCUCAGAGAAAUUUAGGGGUCACUCAGGAAGUGUAUGACGAGCUACGCAGCUCGGUAACGACGAUAAUCCACAACGCGUGGAAGCUCGACUUCAACCAGUCUCUGUCCUCGUUUGAACCGAAUGUACGAGCGACGCGGCACCUAGUUGAUUUGGCGCGGUCAAGUGCGCAUGCUGCUGCACUCAAAUUUGUGUUCACGUCGUCGAUUUCGAGUGCGGCAUCCUGGGAUCAGAGUCUAGGCGCAUAUCCAGAAGAGAUUGUCCUGGAUUCGCGGUAUGCAGUGGGGAAUGGGUAUGGGGAGAGUAAAUAUGUCGCUGAGAGGAUACUCGCGCAGAGUGGACUGAAUGCGACCUCGUUGAGGAUCGGACAGAUCACAGGCGGCGCGCCAAACGGGGCAUGGGCAACGAGCGACUGGGUACCGAUACUGGUCAAGUCUAGUGUACGGCUCAGCGCACUUCCCACUGCUGUAGGAGUGACGUCCUGGAUCCCCCUAAAUGCCGUUUCGCAGGCCAUUCUGGAUGUUGUUUGGGCGGAUGAGAGUGUCCAGCAGACGGCGCUUAACCUCGUACACCCGCGCCCCGUACAAUGGAACGCGGUGAUGUCAUCUAUCAACGACGCGCUGGUUAAUGAGGGUGUUUUGCCUUCCCCACUGCGUGCUGUAAGCUUUGAGGAGUGGGUUGGCCUUGUGGAGAAGGCGGCAGGGUGUACAGAGCAGAAGACAUUAAGAGAUAUUCCUGCAAUCAAGCUGCUUGAUUUCUUCCGCUCGCGUGCAGCUGCUGAUUCUCAAUGUACUGGCAGAGAGAUGGGUGGGCUUGCGACAUUUACGACGGAGAAGAUGGCCAGUAUUAGUUAUACGGUGGAUAAACUCCAGCCGUUAGACAACCAGGAUGCGCUUAUGUGGGUUAAGUAUUGGAAGAACUCUGGCUUUUUUUGA